AUUGAGCCAGAUAAAGAUACACGCACCUCAAACAACAGUUUACAGUUAAGCGUUUUGUCCCCCCCAACAAGAAAAGUCGUCAGCAGCUGUUUGUCUUAUUGUGAUAAUGUUUAAAGGUGUGCCAACGCUUGCGAAUUUGAAUUUGCGUUUGCUCAGCAGCCACACGGCCAAGGGUCGCGCGUGUUCUGGCCGAGUGGUGCAGUGCCGCAGCAAGGCAACGGCCACAUCCCUCGACCUCAACGAGGCCAAUGGCAAUGGCCAGAUCGAUGUCGAUGUCUACAGCGAGCAGGACCUACUGAAACGCGACAAAUUCCGGCAUCGCGGACUCGAUGUGCAGCAGAAAAUCGCAUCUGAGAGAAAACUACGUACGCCGCCGUUGCUGAAUUUGGUUUUUGCCAAUCGUAAAUUAUCCUUCUACGACACCAGCACCGGACAGAAGCCCUGCGAGGAGAAUGCCAAACUAAAUCAGCGACGCAACUAUUCGAUAAGGCCCCAUCGCGAGCAGGAGCAGCGCAACGCGGAGGAUGUGCUCUUCGAUAUGUUUGCCAGCGAGGAGACGGGCCUCAUAUCCAUGGGCAAGUUCCUGGCCGGACUGAAGACCACGGGCAUACGGCGCAAUGAUCCGCGCGUGCGCGAGCUCAUGGACAACCUGAAGAAGGUGCACAAGCUGAACAACUACGAGACGGGCUCGUCGGCCGAGACUCAGCAUCUAAACCGCGAGACCUUCAAGGCCGUGGUCUCGCCGAACAUUGUGCUGAUUGCCAAGGCAUUCCGUCAGCAGUUUGUCAUCCCGGACUUCGCGAGCUUCGUCAAGGACAUUGAGGAAAUUUACCAUCGCUGCAAGUCCAACACUCUCGGCAAGCUGGCCGAUUACAUUCCCCAGCUGGCGCGCUACAGCCCCAACUUCUGGGGCGUCAGCAUUUGCACAGUGGACGGACAACGCUUCUCCAUUGGCGAUGUCGAGGAGCCCUUCACGCUGCAGAGUUGCAGCAAGCCACUGACCUAUGCCAUCGCCCUAGAGAAGCUGGGACCCAAGCUGGUGCACUCGUUCGUGGGCCAGGAGCCAAGUGGCCGCAUCUUCAAUGAGCUCGUUCUCGAUCAGAAUAAGAAACCGCACAAUCCGAUGAUCAAUGCAGGCGCCAUACUCACCUGCUCGCUGAUGAGCGCCUUGGUCAAGCCCGACAUGACCUCCGCGGAGAUCUUUGACUACACGAUGUCCUGGUUCAAGCGCCUGUCUGGCGGCGAGUACAUUGGCUUCAAUAAUGCCGUAUUUCUCUCAGAGCGCGAGGCAGCCGAUCGCAACUACGCCCUGGGCUUUUAUAUGCGCGAGAACAAAUGCUUCCCGAAGCGCACAAACCUGAAGGAGGUGAUGGACUACUACUUCCAGUGCUGCUCCAUGGAGACGAACUGCGAGGCGAUGUCUGUGAUAGCCGCCAGCCUGGCCAACGGCGGCAUUUGUCCCACCACCGAGGAGAAGAUCUUUCGCCCGGAAGUCAUCCGGGAUGUGCUCUCCAUAAUGCACUCGUGCGGCACCUACGACUACUCGGGACAGUUCGCCUUCAAGGUCGGCCUGCCAGCCAAGUCGGGCGUCAGCGGCGGCAUGAUGCUGGUCAUUCCCAAUGUGAUGGGCAUCUUUGCCUGGUCGCCGCCUCUGGACCAGCUGGGCAAUACGGUGCGCGGCCUGCAGUUCUGCGAGGAGCUGGUCAACACCUUCAACUUCCAUCGCUACGACAACCUGAAGCAUCUGUCCAACAAGAAGGAUCCGCGCAAGCAUCGCUACGAGACCAAGGGCCUGUCCAUUGUCAAUCUGCUCUUCUCCGCUGCCAGCGGGGAUGUCACGGCUCUGCGUCGCCACCGUUUGUCCGGCAUGGACAUCACCCUGGCCGACUACGAUGGCCGCACCGCCCUGCACUUGGCCGCCUCCGAAGGGCACUUGGAGUGCGUGAAGUUCCUGCUGGAGCAGUGCCAUGUGCCACACAAUCCCAAGGAUCGCUGGGGCAAUCUGCCCGUGGACGAGGCCGAAAACUUCAACCACUCCGAUGUGGUGGAGUACCUGAAGAAAUGGGCUGAGAACGCCAAGGAUGCGCCGCAGCAGUGCAUGUCGGACGCCGUCACCACCAAGACCGAAGCUGAUGAGGAGCUACCCUGUAAUCCGGACGAUGUAGUUGCCAGCGGCAUAUCCAGUCCCAUUCCAACAGUAUCGGAGCCACGUAGCCCCAGCCCCGUUUCCUCGGAGGACGGCAGCACGGUGAGCGGCACCAGCGUGGACAAGACCAAGCCCGGCCUCUAGAGACCUAUGGAUAGACAUAUAUAAAUAUAUACAUACCUAUAGAAUCUCGCUUAAAUUAUUUUCUUAAUCAUCUACUUAGUUAAUAUACAAUUUUAGUUAGCUAUCCGAGUUGUUCAGACUUGUGAGCCCAACAUACAUACCAUAUAUAAUAUACACAUAUAUACAUAUAUACUUAUUAAUGCUACUCUGAUCAAGGCGAAUAUAGACGGCAUUUGUACUUUGUAGGGUUUUAGAAAAGCAUUCGAAGAUCCGUGCUGGAAUCCAGACAAACCAUUGAAAGCAAUGACAAUAAAAUGUAUUUGAAAAUCUA